GGCUUUGAUGCAGAAACAUUAGUCAGAGAGCGGAUGGGUCCUUUGUGAAAGAGCUGAGCAUAUAAACAGGACAGCAGCAGACUGGUAGAGAUUAGUGGGAGGGGGAGACAGGAAGACAGGAAGAUGUAACCAGGUAAGGAAACAGUGACACAGAGGAUGGGCAGAGUGAGUGAGAAGACGGAGAAAGAAAAAGAGAGAGAACAACUUGAGGAAGUUAACAAAACAAUAGGAGAACAAAAGACAUCAUAUUGAAGAAUGGGACUUGUGCAAUACUGUGUGGUUGUCCUGAUGUUAUCUGCACAGUUGGUGCUCACCUCUCCGCUGAUAGAGAGGACUUAUGACAUCAAUGGCAGAAAGUGUAAAAUGUGCCCUGCGGGUGAGUAUCAGAAGUCGUGCACUGAGUGUCAGCCCUGUCCUGCUGGCACCUUCACAACUGACUGGAACCUUGAAGAUAGCUGUCAUCGCUGCUUUGGAGACUGCAGACCAGAUUAUCAUCUGAAGGUGGUUCAGAACUGCACCAGCACGUCCAAUAUAAAGUGCGUCUGUGAGGCUGGUUUCAAAUGUGCUGAGAUGGUCCGGUACACAGAGAACUGCGGGUUCUGUAACAAGAUCCAGGAAACAACCACAACUGUAGGAACAGUUGUGACAUCAGGAAAUGAUAAGCAGACGCCUUCCUCAAUUUCCUCAGGACAUAGCAGCACUUUUGCCAAACCCUGCCGAUUUCCCAAAUGUGACCCUCAGUCAGUCCCACCAACACCCAACGCAGACGUGACGAGCAGUAAGCUGGCAGCCAUCUUGUGUCCAGUGGUUGGUGUGGGAUUUGUAGCCCUUGUGAUCCUGUUUUGCGUCCGUCGCCCAGGAGAAGAAACAUGUUUCAAGCAAGCUAUUGCAAAGCUGUGUUAUGAGGGAAGGCGAGAUGCUUCUCACAAGUCAAAGGAGUCAAGUCAUCAGUUUCCCAGAGACUCAUUCAGUGCAAAGCAGCAGCCACCAUCCGUUUCAGCAGCCAAUCUGGGUCCAGUCCAUGUCCACAAUCCAGGGACGGUCAUCUUCAGCUUGCUCAGCCAGUUUACAGGGCAAGUUGGUCCGACAAUUGAAUGUGGCAAGACGGCUGAGAGAGAGGGCAGUGAAGAGGAAGAUGAAAGAGACUGUCCUGUGUGUCAUCCUACAUCCUCUCCCAGUAUUCAUCUCUCUGAGGAGGAGAGGAGUGGAGAGAUUGACAGCAUUUUCUUCCCCUCCCAGGAGCAGGGGAAGGACUGCCACGUGUCCAAGGAGGAGGAGUUAUGAUACAUUGCGAAAUUCCCAGAGGAUUGGUGUUGGUUGUUAUGACCGUGACCGUAACACAUUCUUUUAAAGGAAGGUAUUGUGAACCUGUGAAACUACAGAUGAGUGCGGAACACACUUCAUCUUCCUCCGGCAUGCCUCUGGCACACUAUGGUGACAUUAUUUCCUGCAGGUUCUGGGAAAACUUGUGGUUGGUAUGCACCAGAAACUUUAAUUUUGUGACAAACGGCUGGAAGGUGAUUUCUUUUCUAAGUUAUAAUUUAAGAAAGACUGUAAAUACUCUUUGAUAAGCUCUGCCAUCUCUCUUGUAAGUAUUAGACCU